AUGCCUUCGCUCGUCUCAGCCGCUUCGUUGGGUCUGUUGGCUUUCGCUUCUCAUGUUGCUGCUCACCCUUCGACCGCCUCGGCCGCUGGGAGCGCCCCUGCUGGCCACGAAUUCCAAGCUCCAGGUGCAGGAGACGUUCGUUCUCCCUGCCCGGGUCUUAACUCGCUCGCAAAUCACGGCUUCCUUCCCCGAUCUGGAAAAGGGAUGACGCUCCCCAUUAUCAUCGCCGGUCUGCAAGAGGGCAUGAACGUCGGUGUCGACUUUGCGACUUCCGUUGGCGGCCUUGCGUUGCUGUCGUCGCCGGGCCUCGCUCCCACCUCAUUCAACUUGAACUACCUCGACCAGCACAACUUUCCCAUUGAACACGAUGCCAGUCUGUCCCGGGAGGAUGCGUACUUCGGGAAUGACUACAGUUUCAACCAGACUAUCUUCAAUCAAGUGUUGAGUUUCUACGACGGAAUGACGGAGGCGACGAUUCCGGUUGCGUCCAAGGCGAGAUACGCCAGAGUACAGAACAGCGCGAAGGUUGACCCAAACGACAUCUAUGGUUUGAGACAGCUUGUCCUUAGUUAUGGCGAGACGGCGCUCUAUUUGAGCACCAUGGGAUCUCCGAUCACGGGUGUCGCUCCGCUGUCCUACGUCAAGUCUCUUUUCGAGAAAGAGGAGCUCCCAUAUGCAUUGGGCUGGACCAAGCCGACCGUUGAGACUACGCUGGUCACUCUCGGUGCCAUGGUUGCGCAGCUGCAAGCCGCGAACCCCGACGCCGUUCCUGAGGGACUGUCGCUCGGCGAGGGAACGUUGCGAGACGUCUAUGAGUUGAGGAACCCCUUGACCGGUGUCCUUGAGAACGCCACGUGUAUCCUGGCGAACAACUGCUGA